CAUCAGCCCAAGUCCUUCCACAAGCGCCAUGGCCGCGUCGCCGCGCAUCGCCGUGCUGCAGCUCUCGCCCGCACAUGGCGCGCCCCUCGAGAACGCGGCGCGCGUGCAGCAGAUGACAUCGCACUUGAAGCGCGGAGAAGUGGAUCUGCUGAUCUUGCCCGAGAUGGCCCUGAGCGGCUACAUCUUCCCCACUCCUGCCUCCAUCGAGCCGUCCCUCGAGCGUCUCUCGACUCGUAGCAGCAGUAGCAGAACAUCUUCAUCAUCUCCAACGCAAGCCCUGUGCUCCUCCCUCGCGCGCCGUCUCGAGUGCUACGUGCUCUGCGGGCUGCCCGCUCUCCUUGCCCACGCCUUCUCUUCCUCCUCCGCUAGCUCCGCCGCAUUCGACGCUCGUCCAUCCGAGCCUUCUCCCUCCGGAUCAGGGCGGUCGAAUGCAGGCGAGGAGGGAGCGUACAAUGCCGCUCUCCUGCUCGAUAGAACAGGAGAGGCGGUGCAUGUGUUUCGCAAACACUUUUUGUAUGAGGCUGAUGAGGCGUGGGCUUGCGAAGGACCGGGAUUCGAGUUUGUUGAUCUGCCGAAGCCGCUUGGACGAUUGGCAGUAGGCAUCUGCAUGGACCUGAACCCCUAUCGCUUCCAAGCCGCCUUCGACUCAUUCGAGCUCGCUUCGUUCUGCGUCAGGAAUCACGUCGAUACGCUGGCGCUGCCUAUGGCGUGGCUCAAGCCCGAAGUGGAAGAUGAGGAGCAGGCCAGCGCGAAGAGCGAGGCAGCCGAGGGCCAGAGCGAGGGCGAGCUGGAACAGGACGCUCGUCAAGCGCAGCACCAAGCGCAGCAAAUGAUCCACUACUGGCUGCUCCGGCUCACUCCUCUCCUCGAAGCACCGCAUCGCUGUGUAGUGGCUUGCGCGAAUCGCGUGGGGCAAGAAGGAGGGACCGUGUUCGGAGGCUCUUCAUGCGUGCUGCAAGUUGGUGGAGGAGAUGUGAGGGUGAAGGGAUGGAUGUGCGAGGAAGAGGCGCUGCUCGUGGUCGACCCAUGACGAGCCUCUGGCCUCGCUUCUCUGUGCAACUACGCUGGAGCAGCCAGAGCAAUGCACGAGCGCGAAAGAGGCAUGAUUACUAGGUACAAGAACGUGGAGUCGUAGAGGAGUCAUCGUCGUCAUCGGGCAUCGGCAUGGACAUCGGCAUCGGUCCGCCUUGCCGCUCAGCCGCGUCUCGGGGCCGAUCGCGUCCCACGCGCCUUCACUUCGGCGGGUAGCCCUGCAUCUGCCCCUGCGGAUAUCCUCC